AUGGAUAAUUUUUCAGUUGAGGAAAUUGAUUUUGUAGAGAUUAUUCCAAUUGUGAAGAAAUAUGAGUGGGGGAAAAAGGAGGAAAAUGCUUUGACUAAGGUUUUUUACAGAAAUCUGCAUGAAAUUAAAUUAUUGGAGUUAAAUCAUUUCUCUUCAACUUUGAGUAGAGAAAACGGAAAUACAUCCAAUUCUAGUGAAUUUGGAUCAAAGGAGAUCACUGAAACAAAGAAAAAGGAGACUUUUUCAGUGGAUAAAAAAAUAGGAUUAUUAGAAGCUAAUCAACAAGAAGAUCAUGAACAACCAUACGCAGAGCUUUGGUACGGAUCUCACAUCUCAAGUCCAAGUAAAGUUUCUUUUAAUGGUAAUAUUCUUGAGAAUAUGACUUUGGAUGAUAUAAUAUCCUCCAUAUUUUCAAGAAAGAAUUCAUCUUUUGUUUCAGAGUAUAAUCAGAAAAACCAAAAUCCUAAUUCUCUUGAUCUUACUAUUAAUCCUACCAGUGUUACUACUUAUACUGGUAAAAGUACUCAUCACAAUAAAAUUCCCUUUUUAUUGAAGAUUUUGUCCAUUUCUAAACCACUUUCUUUGCAGGUCCAUCCUGAUAAGACUCUCGCCAAAGAACUUCACUCAAGUUUCCCUUCUAUUUAUUCUGAUGACAACCACAAGCCUGAGAUUGCUAUAGCUCUUAGUGAAUUUGAGACUUUAUGUGGAUUUAAAGAUACUCUUGAGAUUCUUUCCCUCCUUGAAGGUUUUCCAGAAAUUCUCCCUAUUUUUGGAAUAUCAUUAGAAUUCAUCUUUGAAACUAUUAAUAGCUAUAAUGGAGACAAGUUACCUAGUACCGAUCAAAAUCAAGAUCCUUUAUUCACUAUUAAAAAAGAAUUAUUUAUAAAUAUGCUCAAUUCUAAGCCUGAAACUAUAAAUGAUGCUCUUAGCCGUCUCGUUGCUAGGCUUACAAAAAACAAAAGCCAUUUGUCCUCUAAUAGUAAUACUAACACUACCACAGUGGCCUCUAUAGAAAGCCUUAUUCUAAGACUCCACUAUCAUUUUCCUUUAGAUAUUGGAAUUAUAAGCCCUCUUUUACUUAAUUACUACAAACUUAAUCCUGGAGACGCUAUUUUUAUUGGUGCUGGUACCAUUCAUUCAUACAUAUCAGGAGAAUGCCUUGAAUGUAUGGCUAACUCAGACAACGUUAUUAGAUGUGGACUCACUCCAAAACUUAAAGAUAUUCCCAAUUUGAUUAAAGCUGUUAACUUUCAGUCCAACAACUCCAAGUUAAUUCUUAACCAUAUUGCCUUUUCUUCACUUCCUAUACUUGGAGGAAGAGAUCUUCCGUUCAUAAUUGACUACUUUGUGGAUUCUAUAAAGGAGUACCAUGUUCAAAUCCUUUCUUUAGACUUCCAAAGCUCAAAUUCUAUAGCAUUUUCAACCCCAACCACAUCUCCUUACUCCCUCCUAUUGUGUUUAAGUGGAAAUUGUACAAUAUCUUUUGGUAAAGAAAGAACAAAUAAUCAUUCACUUUCAAAAGUUUUUCAAGGGAAAGCAAUUUUUGUCAAUUUUAACACUGAAAUUUACUUCCACCCACUUUCCUAUGAUGAAAAGUCUUCAGAGUCAAAGGAUGAUGUCAAAUUUGCUCUAGUAACUCUUCCUCCACCAUUAAGCUCAUUAUAG